AUGGAAUCGGCGCGUGCCGGAUCGGAGAGGGCCGGCACUAUGGAUUCGCCGGAGCCAAGAAUCGAGGUCGAACAGAAACCUGUUCUUGCUAGUAACACUAAAGAGCAGACCAUUCCUGGGAAGGAUGAGAAAACUGUUAAACCCACUAUGUCACUUGAUUCAAGUGUUAUCAAUCUACCAAGUGACGGACAAGCCCAGGCUGGCACAUCCAACAUAGGUGGGGAACAUAAUGUUGUGUAUCCACAACACAUGUAUUCCUCUCAGGCACAGCCAUUCUAUUACCAAGGUUCAGGAUAUGAGAAUCCUCCAAAUGAAUGGGAUGUAUAUCCUCCUUAUGCGGAAGGAUUGGAAGCGGGUCCAGCGGUUGUGUACAAUGAGGACCCUUCAAUGAUGUACCAUGGUGGCUAUGGCUAUGACCCUUAUGCUCAUUAUUCUCCUAUCUCGACGCCGGUACCGGCUGGUGUUAGUGGAGAUGGUCAGCUCUACUCUCCUCAGCAGUUCUCCUUCUCGGCUCCUUACUACCAGCAACCAGUACAACCUGGCAUGCCGUAUUUAAGCUCUCCUACUCCAAUAUCACAGGGUGAGACAAUGAUGCCAAUUGACCCAACACAAGGAGCUUUUAUGGCUGACACUCUGAGCCCAAACAGCUUCCUUUUUGGACCAAGACCGGAAUGGUUUAGAUCGUCAGAAGGAACUGGUUCAUUUCCAUCACCUGCAGCUUCACCUCAACCAUUUGGUGGUGUUUCAGGGCCGUUUGGACAAAGCAACUUUCCUAUGGCUUCUGGGAUGAUGUCCCCUCAGCAGAAGUCUUUCUUUGGUUUUGGAACCCCCGGUGACUCGUAUGGAAGAGGCUUCUCUCAUAGUGGUGGUUUCCCACAGGCCACUAACUACGGGGGUCCUUUCCCUGGCUAUGGCAUGAAUGGCAGAAGUUUUAUUCCAAUUGAUAAAGGGCGCAGGAGAGGAAGGGGUAAUUCUUUGUUAUGCAGCUGUGACGGUCCACUUGACUUCCUCAAUGAGCAAAGCCGGGGUCCACGUGCCACCAGGCCUAAGAAGCAAGCAGAGGAUGAUAGUAAAGAUGAGAAGCCUUCUGUUGGACUUAACCAGGAGCCAUACAAUAGGGCUGACUUCGUUACCGAGUACAAAAAUGCUAGAUUUUUUAUCAUAAAAUCAUACAGCGAAGAUAAUGUGCACAAGAGCAUCAAAUAUGGUGUUUGGGCUAGCACCACAAAUGGAAACAAGAAACUAGACGCAGCCUAUCGUGAAGUGAAGGACAAGGAAGAACAUUGUCCCAUUUUUCUGUUGUUUUCGGUGAAUGCUAGUGCACAGUUCUGCGGUGUUGCGGAGAUGACCGGCCCAGUGAAUUUCGAGAAGAGUGUGGACUACUGGCAGCAAGAUAAGUGGACUGGCCAGUUCCCUGUUAAGUGGCACAUAGUGAAGGAUGUUCCAAAUAAUCUCUUCCGCCAUAUAAUUCUUGAGAACAAUGAGAACAAGCCUGUAACCAACAGCCGGGACACACAGGAGGUGAAACUGGAACAAGGACUGGAGAUGCUGAAAAUCUUCAAGGACCAUGAGGAUAAUGUGUCAAUCCUUGAUGACUUUGACUUUUACGAGGAACGUGAGAAGGCCCUGCUGGAGAAUAAGGCGAGGCUGCAUCAGCAACAACAGAUUUCCAGCUCCAGUGUUUCUGAGCCCAAGAAGCCGUCGACAGUGCCCACUGACCUGGUGGGUCAUAUCACCAAUAGUCCUAGCGUUGUUGAGCCGAAGAAGCCCUCGACCAUACCCACUGACGUGGUGGGUCAUAUCACCAAGACCUUCGCACAGGCCGUGCGGCUUGGCGAGGCCAAGAGUGUGAGCCCUUCCGCCGAUAAAGUCCCCGCUGGAGAUUCAUCUGCUGCUGCUAAGCCUGUUGAAGUGAAAGAGAGCAGUUGA